AUGGGAAACACUGCACGGACCUCCUGGUGGGCCUCAGCCGAGUGCCCAAGUGACGACGAGGACCUGGAGGAGUGUGAACCCGGCACAGGCGGCGAGCUGGUCCUGGCGGCUGCCCCGCUGUCCCCGUCCCCGUCCCCGUCCCCCCGCUCGGUUCCCCCGGGCUGCGGUCCGGAUUGCGAAGAACCUUCGGGUUUCGCUUCUGGCGAAGCGGCGGAUUCCAACGUUCCGCCUACGGAUGAUGAAGACUUCGUAUCGAACCCUCGCGGUUCUCCCGGUACCACCGGCGAUAUUGAUACCGAUACCGGCAACCAUCGUGUUGUCAACCGGCACCGCGAUGUCAUCACCCCACCCGGUGUUACCGCCGUCGCCAUUACCGUAUCGGGCCCGUUACCUGGUUUGGUACCGGCCGGUGAACGGCACCCAAGGGAAGGGGGUUUGGGUCGGGGUCGUGUGACGGUUGUUCCCGUUACCCCCCGUCCCGUUGUCCCUACAGCCGCCGCAGCUCCCGGUGCCGUUGAGGUUGUACGUGAAGCCGGCGGAACCACCGGGAUGGUGGUCGGGAUCGUGGCGGCGGCGGCGCUCUGUAUCCUCAUCCUCCUGUACGCCAUGUACAAGUACAGGAACAGGGACGAAGGGUCUUAUCAAGUGGAUCAGAACCGACAUUACAUCGGGACAACCGGACCCACGGCGGCCAUGAACGACGGCAACGCCGGCAACGCCGCGACAACCGGUUCCGUGUCGGCGGUUGGGAAUCCUAAAGAGAAAACAACCGGGAACACACCGAAAGCGGCCGGCAAAGCCCGGAGGAAUAAGGACAAGGAGUAUUAUGUCUGACCCAGACCCCAGACCCUAUAUAGGGGGGGGGCGUUGUGUCCCCCCCCCCCGUUCCCCUUUUCCAUCCCCUUUAUCCCAUCCCACUUAGGGCGUCGUCAACCCAACCUAUGGGUGUUAGCGACAUCCCCACCUUCCCCAUAUCCCCCCCUAUGGGUGUCGUCGUCGCCCCCCACCCCAAUGGGUGCCAUAGUCACCCUAUAGGGGUUGUGACCCCCCCCAAUGGGUGUCAUCGUCACCCCCCCCCAAUGGGUGUCACUGUGACCCUAUAGGGGUAGUAACCCCCCCCCCAGUGGGUGUCAUUUCACCCUAUAGGGUUGUGACCCCCCCCCAAUGGGUAUCAUAGUCACCCCCCCCCAUGGGUGUCAUAGUCACCCUAUAGGGGUUAUGGCCCCCCAGUGGGUGUCAUAGUCACCCUAUAGGGGUUGUGACCCCCCCCCAAUGGGUGUCAUAGUCACCCUAUAGGGGAUCUGACCCCCCCAAUGGGUGUCAUAGUCACCCUAUAGGGGUUGUGACCCCCCCCAGUGGGUGUCACUGUCACCCCCCCCCCAAUGGGUGUCACUGUGACCCUAUAGGGGAUGUGACCCCCCCCAAUGGGUGUCAUAGUCACCCCCCCCCCAAUGGGUCUCAUAGUCACCCUAUAGGGGAUGUGACCCCCCCCCAAUGGGUGUCAUCGUCACCCCCCCCAAUGGGUGUCAUAGUAACCCCCCCCCAAUGGGUAUCAUAGUCACCCUAUAGGGGUUAUGGCCCCCCAGUGGGUGUCACUGUGACCCUAUAGGGUUGUGACCCCCCCCCAAUGGGUGUCAUAGUCACCCCCCCCAAAUGGGUGUCAUAGUCACCCUAUAGGGGUUAUGGCCCCCCAAUGGGUGUCACUGUGACCCUAUAGGGUUGUGACCCCCCCCCAAUGGGUGUCACUGUCACCCCCCCCCCAGUGGGUGUCAUAGUCACCCUAUAGGGGUUGUGACCCCCCACCAAAUGGGUGUUAUAGUCACCCCCCCCAAAUGGGUGUUAUAGUCACCCUAUAGGGUUGUGACCCCCCCAAUGGGUGUCAUAGUCACCCUAUAGGGGUUGUGACCCCCCCCCAAUGGGUGUCAUAGUCACCCUAUAUGGGUUGUGACCCCCCCCCAAUGGGUGUCAUAGUCACCCCCCCCAAAUGGGUGUCAUAGUCACCCUAUAGGGGUUGUAACCCCCCUAAUGGGUGCCAUAGUCACCCUAUAGGUGCUGUGACCCCCCCCCCAGUGGGUCUCAUAGUCACCCUAUAGGGGCUGUGACCCCCCCCCCAAUGGCUGUCACUGUCACCCCCCCCCAAUGGGUGUCAUAGUCACCCUAUAGGGGUUGUGACCCCCCCAAUGGGUGUCAUUGCCCCCCCCCCACCCAUGGGUGCUGUCACCCCAUCACCCCCCCCC